UUAUUAUUAUUUUGAAAUAUUAGUAUACAAAAGCUGGAUUUUAUGAACACUACACCAACUGUAACUCAGUAAGCGUAUAAAUCCUUGAAUCCAAGUAGAAUCUUGUAUUUUGGGUCUUGGGCUGAAAAACCCCAUCUCAGUCUCUCACUCAUACACUCUUAUUUUUCUCUGUAAAAACCUCCAUGGAUUUGCAGAAGGAAGAAGACCCAAUACAACCCAGAAGCUAUUGGAGAUGGAGCAAGCAAGAUUUUUUCCCAGAACCCUCUUUCCAGAAUCUCGAUUCCUACAAAGCCGCGGUUUCACAGACCUGUUCUCGUCUCGGAGACCGUCUUCUUGACCGUUCCACAGACUCCCGAGAGCUAGUAGAGCUUCGCAGAGAGAGCGAGAACGAUAUGGAGAAAUGUCUCACAUGGUGGGAUUUGAUCUGGCUCAGCUUCGGCUCGGUUGUCGGCUCGGGCAUUUUCAGCAUCACAGGCCAAGAAAUCCGCAAUCAUGCCGGACCUUCCAUUGUGCUCUCUUAUAUCAUCUCGGGUCUCUCUGCACUGCUCUCCGUCUUCUGCUACACCGAAUUCGCCGUCGAAAUCCCAGUUGCCGGAGGGUCUUUCUCGUACCUUCGAAUCGAAUUGGGGGACUUUGUGGCGUUUAUAGCGGCUGGGAACAUUCUCUUGGAGGCCAUUUGUGGAGCAUCUGGACUGGGUCGGUCAUGGUCUUCUUACUUUGCCACUAUUAUCAAUGAUGACCCAGAUUUUCUGCGAAUCAAGGUAAAAAGUUUUGCUAAAGGUUUCAAUCUUUUAGACCCAAUUGCUGUUUUGGUUCUUUUAGUUGCAAAUGGUAUAGCGAUGAGUGGAACAAGGAGGACAUCUAUUUUGAACUGGGCAAGUUCUAUAAUCAGUGCUUUGAUUAUUGUGUUUAUAGUGGUUAUGGGUUUUGUUCAUGGCAAAAGUUCUAAUUUGCGGCCCUUCUUCCCAUUUGGGGUAGAGGGUACUGUAGAGGCUGCAGCAAUUGUGUACUGGUCCUAUACAGGUUUUGAUAUGGUUGCUAAUAUGGCUGAGGAAACAAAGAAUCCAUCCAAGGAUAUACCAUUGGGUUUGGUUGGUUCAAUGAGUAUGAUUACUGUGGUUUAUUGCUUUAUGUCUUUGGCAUUGGCCAUGAUGCAGAAAUACACUGAGGUAGAUAAAGAUGCUCCUUAUUCAGUUGCUUUUGCUAAAAUUGGCAUGAAUUGGGCUAAAUAUCUAGUCAGUAUAUGUGCCCUCAAGGGUAUGACUACAAGCCUGUUGGUUGGAUCCCUUGGUCAAGCUCGGUACACCACUCAGAUUGCAAGAUCCCAUAUGAUUCCGCCAUGGUUUGCUUUGGUUCACCCAAAAACGAGAACCCCAGUCAAUGCUACUCUUUUGGUGACAAUUAUGAGUGCAAUUAUAGCAUUCUUUUCUAGUUUGGAUGUGUUAUCCAGUGUUUUCUCAUUCAGUACGCUAACCAUUUUUAUGCUUAUGGCUGUUGCAUUGCUUGUUAGGCGGUACUAUGUUAAGGAUAUGACAUCGAAGAAUGAUUCAGUUAAAUUUAUUGUGUGCUUGAUCAUCGUAUUUGGUUCUUCAAUUGGAGUUACAGUGCUUUGGAAUAGAAAUUAUAGAGGGUGGAUUGGGUAUUCUGUGGCUGCUAUAAUUUGGUUUCUGGGGAAUUUGGGGAUGGCAUUGCUUCCAACGCAUCGAGUGCCAAAGGUUUGGGGGGUUCCACUCGUUCCAUGGUUGCCAUCAAUAUCCAUCGGGAUGAAUCUUUUUCUUUUGGGGUCUCUUGAGGCAGUUGCAUUCUGGAGGUUCCUUAUAUGCAGUGCGGCAAUGCUUGUCUACUAUUUUUUCAUUGGUCUUCAUACAACUUAUGAUGUGGCUCAUCCAAAUGUACAGAAAUAAAAAUUAGGGGAAAGAAAUGGCAUUUUAAAGGGUGCCUGAGCGGGGAGAUGAAAUGAAGAAGAUGUAUUUCAGUGAAAGAAUGCAAGGUCAGCUUCAACAUGUCCCUGUUCUCUUUGACACCAGGAAUGGAUUAUGGAAUCCUAUAACACCAUUGAACUAUAAAUCUCUUGCAGCAGAUAUUUUGAUUGGUCGGGUGGCCUUUGAAAUUACCACUUUGAUCAUUUUCCUUGGCUAAUAUAUUUUCUUUUAAAAACAAAAACUGAUAAUAGUAAUAAUAAUAAUAAUAGUCUACAUCUUCCAGGUUGGGCUGUCUGAGUCAUUAUGGAAUUUAGGUGUAUCCAAAUUUCUGAAAAAUGAGUUUACCAACCUAAUUGGUUUAAAGCUAGCACACAGGUUUUGAAAUUUUUUAUUUUAUUUUAUUUUUGGUAAUUGUUUUACUUUUGAAUACUAGAACUACUAUUAGGGGACAGUUCAGUUUGUGAAAAUUUUUCAAUCUGAAAACUGUAUACAUUGAACUAAUUGUAAAUAUUAAAUGAAGUAAAUUAAUAUAUAUAUAUAUGAUCAUGUGGUA